AUGUCCACAAAGGCUCUCGUAACGGUGACAACCUUCGGAUGCGGUUUUGUGAUGAUCGGCGCGUUGUUCGGCCUCGCCGCUCUCUACAACGACAUCAACAACUUCUAUGACUCGGCUCUAGGAGAUAUUCAGGAGUUCAAAGUCUACGCAAACGACGCCUGGGAAGACAUGAUCCGCUCGUCAAGCGCCGCCGCCGGCGAUUCGGCUCGUGCCAUCCUUUUCGGCCGAAACAAACGCUCGGGAGAUCAGUGCCAGUGCGGCGCCUCUUCUGGUGGAUGCCCAGCUGGGCCCGCUGGACCUAAGGGUCAACCUGGAGCCCCUGGAGAAGACGGAGCGGCUGGAGAUCGAGGACAAGAUGGAAACAAGGGUACUUCGAUCCCGCAAAAGGGCGCCUACGAUAGUGGAUGCAUCGUUUGCCCAGCUGGACCACCUGGCCCACCUGGGCCCGAUGGACCCCUUGGACAGCCUGGACAAGAUGGACGACCUGGACCCGAUGGACAACCUGGACAAGACGGAGAACCGGGACUCUCAGGAGAGCCUGGAGACGCUGGACAAGACGGACAACCUGGAGCACCUGGUCAGCCUGGAGCUCCUGGAAAGAAUGGCACUCGUGGAAAGGGACAACCUGGUCGCGCUGGACCUCGUGGACCUGCUGGACCUGCUGGACAGCCAGGACAAGACGGAGAGGCUGGACAAGAUGGACAAGAUGGACAAGCUGGCCCCGCCGGACAACCUGGACAAGAUGGACAGCCUGGACAAGAUGGACAAAGCGGACAAUCUGGUACCGAUGGAGUUCCUGGAGCCGACGCUGCCUACUGUCCAUGCCCGCCCCGUACAAGCGACUUGCCAAUCUCGCAAACCGGUGCGGCUCAGAGCUACGGUGAUGCGGCUCCGGCUGCCGCCCCUCCACCAGCUCAACAAGGCUACAGAAGAAAGGCGGCUCGUGUCAUC